AUGUCAUCAUACUCAUCUGAUUUUGGAGGUGGAGGUUAUGGGGACUUUCUGGAAUAUCUACGACAAAAGAAUGAAAACAUUAAACUACAGUUAGAAGAGAAAUGUGACCGGGAAGACAAGCCUCAGAUAUUUGCGGGCUGUGUCAUCGGAAUCGAUGGCAGGACCAAUGUGCUUGAUGCCUAUCUCAAAAAGUUAAUUUAUGAGCAUGGUGGAACGUAUGAGUAUUUAAGCGCCAAAAAGUUCACUCAUCUUAUUGCUGAUAAUAUCGCCCUAGGAAACCAAAAGUGGAAAAAGAUUCUAAAUGGUUACCGACCAUGGUAUAAGAUAGUUCAUUCGAAUUGGGUACUAAGGUCUAUUGAUGCCGGAAAACGCUUGGAUGAAAAGGAAUAUUUGCCCGAGGCCUUGCGCAACCACUGGCAACAAGUCGGAACCCUGACAACCACGAUCGUGCCAUCUCCCGACACGACUGCAUUACCUGCAAAAGUGGAGACGCGAGCCGGAGUAGAGGCGACGUCGAGAGUCUCUACCGGUCUCGCCAAUAACCCACCAUCGUCGGACACGGAGGUUGCCGGUGACCAGAUGCCGUCACGCCCUUCAGUCAUAGUCGACAACGUGACUGGGGUCAGCACGGCUGGGGUCAGCACGGCUGGGGUCAACAUGACUGGGGUCAACAUGACUGGGGUCAACAUGACUGGGGUCAACGGCGAUGCGGUCAUGGCGGAUGGAGUCAUAAUGGAUGAUUUCAUAACUCCUGGUUUGGACGACGACCAAGCCGGUCCAGACGCCCGUGUGGAGACCGGAGGGGCAGCCAGUAGGAGGACCACUGCAGGAGUGCAGCAUGACAUUGGUCCCACGAUGGACACGCCGAACUUCGUGAAGGCUUUCUUUAGUAAAAGUCGACUGCAUUUUAUCGGACGGUGGAAAGAGCACGUGUUCCGAAUGAAUCGGUUCAUAAAGAUGGAUCAACAUCAAAGGGUGGCAUCCGCUUGGGUAAUCAAUGGGCCGCCCAAUGGAACGGAGUGGGUUCCUGUGCGUUACCUGCACGUGGACUACGACUCGUUCUUCGUUAGUGUCGCCGUGAAGAUGAGCAAAGAGCCAAUCCAAGUGGAGUCGGUACCCAUCGGGGUGGCACAUGGUACCUCGAACACAUCUACUGCGGAGAUAGCUAGUUGCAACUACAAGGCAAGACAGAUGGGUGUGAGGAAAGGAAUGUACGUAGGGCAAGCCCUUACCCGCUGCCCUAAUCUCAAAAUCCUGGGUUACCAUCUCGACGAAAUUGCACGCUGCUCCUCCAAGCUCAUGACCAUAUUGUCUCUGGUCAGUCCCAGAGUUCUGCCCUGCAGUUGUGAUGAAGCGUACUUACAACUUGUCGAACGUCCAUCGUCCAUGAAUCCAACUUAUGUGAAUCCACCGUCUGUGGUGACGCAACGCUUAGGACGAUCGGAGUUGCAAGCAACGGAGUCUUUGUAUUUACCGGGAUCUCCCGCAAUGCGUCGGCCUCCUAGUCUAGGGGCUCCUCCAAGUGGUUCGGCUCCUCCAAGUGGUUCGGCUCCUCCAAGUGGUUCGAGUGAUGGUGACCAGGAUGAGGAGGAAUCGUACGAUAGCCGGCUGGGGAACGAGACAGGGGGGUUAUCGCAUUCGGUGUAUUUAGCUGAGUGGAUACGACAGAAGGUGUAUGUUGCUACGGAGUGCUCGGUGUCCAUCGGGAUCGGCGACAGUCCUUUUCUAGCGAAGAUGGCUUCCCGUAAAGCGAAGCCACCUUCGGGUAUUGGUGUGUGGAUGAUCCCGGAGGCCAAAAGCUACGGGGAGGGGUGUUUAGAUCUUGAAUCGUACCACCGAAAGUGUGUAGAGGCCGUGCGGCAGAGUCGGGGAGUGGAAGGGUUAUGUGAGGAGCGUGAUUUAUCUGAGCGACUGAAGAGUAUCAAAAGCGAGUUCAUGGGUGUUGGUAUAGACCAACUCCAUGGCGUAGGGCUAAAGACAGUGGAGCAAUUGAAUGAACUUGGUUUCUACACCUGCAACGACUUUUACACCGACCCACCGCGGGCUUUCACUACUCUCAAAAAGACCUUUGGUGACAACAAGGGCGAAUCCAUUUUCCUCAUGGCCUACGGCAUUGACAACCGGGCCGUGACUAGUGUAGACAAAGUGGCGAAUACACGGGAGGUAUCAACCGUCUCGGUCACCAUAAACUGGGGCAUCCGGCUAUUCAGCACAGAAGACGUAUACAUAUUAUUCCGACAGAUGUCGGAGGAAUGCCUUGGCAGAUAUGAUGCCACAAUACUCGAACCGAAACUAUUCUGUCUCAAGCUCCUAGUUCGUUCUCCCGAUGCUCCCGUGAUCCCCUUGAAAUACGGUGGAUGUGGAAAAUGUGUUGAAAUUAAUGAGAGACCAGAACCGGGAUCCUACGUACUCAAAUCAGCACAGGAUAUACUCCAAGUCGCAUUCAAUCUCUAUACAAAAAAAAUACAUUCUGUUAUAGAUGUGACAGAUAUACGAGGGCUCACCUUCAGCCUGAACAAGUUCGAUCCCAUUGAUCCGUCACAGAAAACUCUCCACAACUUAUUUGCUCAAAACCCCGGGCAACGUCAACGGGGUCUGCCAAUACCAGAACUAGAAAAUGGUCUUGGCGACCAGGACUCCGCUGCUGGUGACCAGGAAUCCGCUGCUGGUAACCAGGAAUCCACAGCUGGUGACCAGGAAUCCACUGCUGGUGACCAGGAAUCCACAGCUGGUGACCGGGAUGGUUACCGGGAAGAUGACGGGGUAAAUAAUCGGGAGUCCGCAGGAGACUUAAUACCUAGAGCUUAUGUCAUCAUACCGCGGUUCAGCGACGUCGGACGAAGGCCCAUUACCUCGUGGCUCAAACAGUCAAGUCAAAAUGCAAGGGGCCUUGCAUCUCGCGGCUCAAAACGGGAUCGGAGUGAGAUGGAGGCGGAGGACAACGAAAGGGCCAAGAGCACCAGGCAAACCGAAGCUAGCAUGUCCCUCGAAGGUUUCGGGGUUCCGACUUGCCCGGGAAACGUUGCAGUGACACCCGCAGGAGGCGUGACUAUACCGCGCUCAGGAGCUAAGCCGUAUUCGAGGCGCGAGCAAGCUGCCACAGGACCACUGGACUUGAUGAUGAAACAUCCCCGAGCUUCCCCUUGCGUACCUCGAGCUUCCCCCUGCGUACCUCGAGCUUCCCCCUGCGUACCUCGGGCUUCCCUAGACAUACCCCCACUGGUCGAACCGUCCUCCUCGAAUAAGCCAACCGGUCCUCUUGCACAAGACCGCGGGGGGGAGUACGUGUCGGGGGACAAGCCGACCAAGCGACGACGUCGGACUACGACCAGCAGGUGCAUCUACGAGAGCGCGCCUGCGAGGAAGCUGGAGAAAGAAACCCAGACCAUCACUCCCAUUAGUUCAUGCGGAUUCACGCAAAUUGUUGAGGAAGAAGACUCCGGGCACGAGUCUAGGCAAGGGUCCAGUCACGGGCCCGCGGCUUACCGAACAUCCGGCCUGCACGGAGGCUCGGUCAUUGAGUUUCCGCCAAGUCCGUUUCUGUUAACGGAGGGCCCGCCGUCACCGACGGAGAUGGUCCACAACCAAGUAUCUGGAAGUUUACUGAAUGAAGUGUCAGGAAGCCCUGGAAGUCAUUUCCGGGCCGAAGUCCCUCUAAGUCCCGGUGGAAGGUUCGAGAACGAACUCCGUGACAGGUUUCAGGAUGAAGGUUUGAAUAAGAACAUCCAAUGUACAUCAGCCCAAGGCUCCCGACGUACGUCCAGCGCGAGCGAACCUGGGCCUUUUGUCGAAAGGGGUUCUGCUGGAAGGCGGCAGGAUGCUGUUGGAAGGCAGCCGGACGGAACCCGACUAGGUUCUUUUGCCAUAGAUCCCGGGGGAGGUCAUCCUGCACCACCCCCUACACCACGACAGAUGACACCGCGUCAGCAACCGAAAGGACCACUGGACAUUUAUGUUCGUCCUAGCAAUAGUGAGCUGUUGAUGCAGACACCGAAGAAGAGGCUGAGACAAACACGCAAGAGGCCCCUAAAGCGGAACCAGGCCGGCCAGAAACGACCCAGGACGGUACUGGAGUCGUUCAAACCCUCAGUAGUCACCAUCAGCGACGACGACGACUUGCCCAGGCAACCGAACGGGGAUACUGUGGCGGACGCUCCGACCAGGGAGGCGGACGCUCCGACCAGGGAGGCGGACGCUCCGAUUAGGGCGGGGGAGGUUCCGACCAGGGCGGGGGAGACUUCGACCAGCUAUUCCACGGGAGACUCGGCAAUCCUCUCAAGUCUUCGUAUGGAUGGUUAUGCAGGCAGAGCGCCAGCCAGCUGCGAAGUUAUUGGCGCCACCAAUCGAAUUCCAGGGAGCGCGGACGCAGAAGGUUUAGAGGACGGAGGAUUGCGGCCAUACCAGGGGUGUCAGAUGGAGACCAGUCAUGGGGGUCAGAUGGAAACCCGGCAGCAUAACGCAUUUCGUAGCAUGGGGAGCAUCUAUGAGCGGUAUUUCUCUGCCGCACGAAGAAACUCUGGAGAUGCUGCUGACCUGGUUGUCGGCAACAGUCGGCUUGACAACAGUCGUCCACUCGGCAGUUCCAUGGAAGUAAUCCUCAACAUUAAACAGGAAGAGGUCGCGGAGUUCUUUGUGGAUUGCCAGACUUGCGAAAAGCUCAAAACAGUCCAAGUUGGUGACAAGACUAUACAUGUCAUAGACUGGGAGUCCGAUGCGGGGUCUGUCAGUAGCGGCCCAUUUGAGUCGCCAAAAUCAUUACCAGAUAGUCCUCUGAUGGGAGGGCCCGACGAUGGGGCGGCUGACGACUUUGGUCCCGUUGGCGUUGGUCUUAUUGACGUCGGUCUGACGGGUGGCGCUGGUAUGGAUGGCGUCGGUAAGGAGGACGUUAGUGAGGCCCGUGCUAAUGGAGACGGGGUGCCGGAUGCUUCCUUUCCGCGAGUGGACGCCUUCCGACCAGACGAGCGCCUCCCGCGGUCUGAUGAAUUCUUCCUUGUAUCAAAUGAGUGCUACGCAAGCCCGAGCACCCCUCCUGCUCGGAAAGAGACCCAAAAGAAAAAGCAGUCCCGAAACAACAAGGGAUCGAUGAACAUAGCGAGCUUCUUCGGGAAAACUGCGCCACCAGCUAAUAAUAACGACGAUGCACCUCUUCCUGAGGAUUGCGCGAGUCUCGCUGAAGUGCAAUUCACUGCACCCCAGCCUGGUAUUCUUCAGAGGAUGCUCUUUCUGUACCAGUCAGACCCUAUUCAGUUUUUGGCUUAUCAGCACGCGAAAGAAGAAAUAUAUAGGUAG